AUGGAUACUGGCUCCGACUCAGCAGUAUGGUCUGUGGAUGGUUCUAAAUGCAAAAAGUUCUCUUCUCAGCAAAUUUUCAAUGCCAUUAGAAGAACCUCGCCUCAAAAAAGCUGGGCUCCCUUAGUAUGGCAUAAGGCUUCUAUUCCUAGGCAUUCCAAUACAACUUGGUUAUUCAUCUUGAAUCGUAAUCCAACCUUCGACCGUCUGAUCUCCUGGAAUAUUGACAUUGACCCUGCUUGUUUGCUAUGUGGUGAUGGUGAAGAAUCCCGUAAUCAUCUCUUCUUUGAAUGCUCCUUCUCAUUGGUGGUGUGGAGAUCUUUGUUGCAUAGGUUUCACUUAUCUUCAGUACCUUCUCGAUGGGCAGAUAUCCUACUCUGGCUUCCCAAUGCUCAUCCGGAUUCCAUGGUCAGAUUAGCUAUUCUCCAAGUGUGGCAGGCUGCAAUUUAUGAGCUCUGGAAAGAGAGGAACAGGAGGGUACAUGAUGGGCUGACUUUGCCGCCAAUCAGGAUCAUGAGAUACAUAUCCUCUUCUCUCAGGGACAAAUGCUCUGCUCUGCUUUCCCUAAGUCAUCCCUUAGGUCCUCGCCUAGCUCAGUUCUGGUUUGAUCCUCCAUAA